AUGGCUGAAUUUGGAGUGACCAAGGUCUCUCAUUUAAUUGAUCAUGCAGCCAAAUCUUGGAAAUCUGCUUUGGUGGAUUUUAUUUUCCACCCAACCACUGUAUCUCAUAUUUUAAAAAUUCCUUUGCCUUUGAAUGGUAUUGUUGAUACUCUCAUGUGGCCAGACAUUGUUGAUGGCAAUUAUUGUUCCAAAUCUGGUUAUAUUUUUGUUCGCAGGAAGCUCCUUGGCGCUUGUUCGUCAACCUCUUCCCAGCCAUCGCUUCCAGCUCCUUUGUGGAAGAAGUUUUGGCGUACCAGUGCCCAGCCCCGUUGCAAGGAGGUGGUGUGGCGUGUGGUUUCAUCUUUACUGCCAGUCCGUGCAGCGCUUCGUCGGAGAGGCAUGGAUGUUGACCCUUUGUGCCCGGUGUGUGCUAAUGAGGAGGAGACCGUGUUUCACUUGUUCGUGUCUUGUCCUGUGGCCCAGAAUUUUUGGUUUGGUUCUCCCCUUUCCCUUCGUGUGCACGGAUUUAGCUCCAUGGAGGACUUCUUGGCGGACUUUUUCCGAGCAGCUGAUGAUGAUGCACUCGCACUAUGGCAGGCUGGAGUGUGCGCUCUUUGGGAGAUGCGCAACCGUGUGGUUUUCCGAGAUGGUGAGAUUCCUGUGCCCGUCGCAGCCGUGAUCCAGCGAUGUUCCAUGCUAGCUGCUGCGCCAGUGUCAGAGGUGACGGUGGUGCCUAGACCAGCCCCGUUGUUGCAGGCAACUUGGGCCCGACCACCUUAUGGUAUCUACAAGCUAAAUUUUGAUGCAGCUGUGGCUACCACGGGAGAGGUGGGUUUUGGUUUGAUUGUGAGGAAUAUGUUGGGUGAGGUCCUUGCUUCUGCAGCACAAUAUCUUCUCCAUGCAGCUUCAGCGAUUCUUGGGGAGGCUUUAGCCUUUCGCUGGUCUAUGCAGCUUGCCAUUCAGGUGGGGUUUCGUCGGAUUCUUUUUGAGACAGAUUGUUUGCAGCUGUUCCAGCUUUGGAAGAAACCUCCAGAUGGUCGAUCGUAUUUAUCUAGUAUUGUUGGUAGGACUGUUCAUGGUUUUCUAAGAACCGAAGCUAACCAAGAACCGAACCGAAAACCGAAUCGUUCAAGAACCGAACCUUUAAGAACCGAACCGAACUCGAACCUAAAUUGA